AACUCUAUGCAGGAGGUACGAGGCUAUCUCUGGCACAUCCAAUGACGAAGCCGUAGCAAACGCAACUGAAGAAUCUGCUCCUUCGUUUGUUCGAACCCACCCCAAAAGGACAAGUCGCCCUCAACCGCGAAGCUCAUUCCGAAGCUUGAACACACCUCUUCCUCUCCUAGAUCCAGCCCAAUUGCCCUCACCAUGGGUAGAUUCGGUCCUCCUCAUAAAGUCCCGACCGAGAUUGUGAUGAACAUCAUCAUCUACACACGCUACGAAGAUCUCCAGGCUCUUUGCGAUGCCACUGGCCGCUUGACAUUCGAAGAAGCAAAGUAUCAUCGCUAUGAUCCCCGCCGUUACCUCAGAACCUUGACUCCAUAUCCUGACGUGUUAUUGGGAGGUAUGAGGGAUACCAACACAAUUUUAUCUGGGUCCAGAGCUGCAGCUUUCUUCUACCAAAUGGCCUGUAGGUGGGAUUCUGAUUGGGACUUCUAUUGUUCAGGUGGCGAUGUUGCUGUCGCUCGAUUCACACACCUCCUUUUCACUAGGUUGGGCGUUACCUGGGACAAAUCUGAGGUCGAUGUGGGCCAACAUAUACCUUUGGAUGACUGGAGUACUAUCUAUGAAGGAGAUUUCCACAUCCUCCACGGCAAUCUCUCGGGCCACAAGCUACAAGUCAUGUGGUACCGCGACGAUCAGAACAGGCAUAGCGUCUUCAACAUGAUCCUGGAGUUCCAUUCUAGUAUCGUACAGUGUUUUAUAUCAGGUUGGUGUGCUGCGUCAUUAUACCACAAGAUCAGUGGUCAGGAUAAAAUGGUGGCUUGGGAAAUCGACGGGGUUCUUCAUCCGAGGAAGAGAGCAAAGGCACCGCAAUGUGUAUCCAAGUACCAGUACCGAGGAUUCCAGCUGGUACAUUACUCGAGGCAACUGGUCGGGCUGGCAUCUACUGAGCCUGACUUCUUGAGCCUCGACGCGGCGUGCUUGCCAAGAUCUGUCUCUGAUAAAGCCUGCUUGCUCAUCGACUUCGACGUCUACUCACGACCUUCCCUUACUAGCAGCAAAUUGGUAUCGGCUAUGCACCUAGCAGCCAUGGAAGAAAUCAUGAAUCUUCGCUGGGGUGAAAACACAGAUGCAUCGCUCAAAUUUACGUCGCUCAAAUUGACAUCAACAAUGUCUGAGAAGUUUGGAAUGUACCGACUCCUUCGAUCACUGGAAGAGGAGUAUAUGGUUGAGCACACGAGGUGGAAACCAUCCGAGGACAGGCUUGGUCACACGGAUAUCUAUCUUAGGACCCAAACGAUUUGCGCGGUGCCUUGGAUGCCUCCCGUUGAUGUUUUCAUCGCGCCUGCAAAAUCGUACGGCAGCGAGACUCUUUUCGAGAGGAAAUGUUACCCGCCCAUCUAGAUGAGUCCUUUCGAUGAAACGGAUUGGCUUGAUCAUAUUGAUGAUUGGACUCUCAGGUAUUAGGGGUGGUUCAUCUGGUAGAGAUGAAUGUAGUUUUAAAUUGUCUCUUUUGUGGC